GUAUACACUUUUUUGGAGGUCGUUUUGCGUGGGGUAGAUUUCGGAAGCAGAGCUGUUGUAGCGCGGGGCAGGUACGUCGCAGCUCCGGUCGACUUUUUUCAUACGGUAUUGUACUCCUACAUGCUACUAUCCCUUGAUUAUAUCAAAACCGGGACGUCUUUCUUCAUAGGUAUCCUACUACAACCCAAUCUCUCUUGCAAUCAACUUGCAAUUCCUUCUGCCUCGCCGUUCUUCUCAAUUGACCCUUCAAAAUGACAACACACAACAUCGUAGUCUUCGGCGGAGACCACUCCGGCCCAGAGGUCGUGGCCGAGGCUGUCAAGGUUAUCAAAACAGUCGAGUCCUCCAGCUCCUCCGGCAAUAAGUUCAACCUUCAAGAACACCUACUAGGAGGCUGCUCCAUCAACGCCCACGGCACGCCCCUCACGGACGCCGCCCUCGCCGCGGCCAAGUCGGCGGACGCGGUGCUCCUGGGCGCCAUCGGCGGGCCCGAAUGGGGCACGGGGGCGGUGCGGCCCGAGCAGGGCAUCCUCAAGCUGCGCAAGGAGAUGCAGACGUACGGCAACCUGCGCCCGUGCUUCUUCCCGUCCGACUCGCUCGUCGACUUCUCGCCCCUGAAAGCGGACAUCGUGCGCGGCACCAACUUCACCGUCGUCCGCGAGCUCACCGGCGGCAUUUACUUUGGCGAGCGCAAGGAGGCCGGGGGGGGUGGUGAUGAUGAUGACGGCGUGGCAUGGGACACGGAGCUGUACUCGCGCGAGGAGAUCGUCCGGAUCACGCGGCUGGCGGCGCACCUCGCGCUCGCGAGCGACCCGCCGGCGCCGGUCUGGAGCUUGGAUAAGGCGAACGUGCUGGCGACGAGCCGGCUGUGGCGCAAGGUGGUGAGCGAGACGAUGGCGGCCGAGUUCCCGCAGCUGCGGGUCCAGCACCAGCUCAUCGACAGCGCGGCCAUGAUCAUGGUCAAGAACCCGCGCGGCCUCAACGGCGUCGUCGUCACGAGCAACUUGUUCGGCGACAUUAUUAGCGACGAGGCUAGCGUCAUCCCCGGCAGCAUCGGCCUGAGCCCUAGCGCGAGCUUGAGCGGCAUCCCGGAUGGGAAGUCUAGGUGUAAUGGCAUUUAUGAGCCUAUUCAUGGUUCGGCCCCCGAUAUCUCCGGCAAGGGCAUCGUCAACCCCAUCGGCACCAUCCUCUCCGUCGCCAUGAUGUUCCGGUACUCGUUCGCGCUGCCGAAGGAGGCCGACGCCAUCGAGCUGGCGGUCAAGAACGUCAUCGAUAGCGGCGUCCGGACAAAGGAUCUCGGCGGCUCGGCUAGCACGAAGGAGGUCGGCGACGCCGUCGUCGCGGAACUGACCAAGAUCUUAUCAUAAGAGGCUUGUUGCGGUUAGGAAUAUGCAUGAAUGAUGCGCAUCUCGUAUUGUACUUGAGGAUGGCAAAAUAAGGCGGCGGCCGGUAGACAAAAAAGGGAUCUACGUAGGAUAGGUGGUUUGCUAUAAUUCCGAGCAAUAGAAAUCUUGUGAAAGACAUCCAAUAACUUCA